GAUCCAGCAGGCUGCAGUGUUUCAUCUUGAGUUCUGCUGUAUGUUAGCACGACCCGUAGCUGCUGCAGUAUUAUUACUAACACGUCUUUAUAACUCAUUAUUUUGAAGCUACUAUUUGUGCACCACUUCAGUAAAGAAUACCUAAUCUCCAGAGGUAAUUUUCCACGUUAUGUUGCUGAAAAAAGGAACCAAACAAGACAAUGAUUUUAUUUUGAUUUGAUUGGACUUAGAUGCACAGUCAACAAUGAAUCAUUUCAGGAGACACAACCUCUUUCCUAGUUUAGCUGAUGUUAGUAGAGAAAUGUCCAAAGAUGAGUGGGAUAGAUACCCUCAAUACUCAAACUACCCCAGCCCACCACCUGGUAACAGAAGUACCACUGGAGCAAAUUCUGCAUGGGAUAGACCUGGCAGCUCCUCUCAGAACUGGCACGAGGAGGAUCAAGAGGAUGAUGAAGACCCAGAUGGACAGCCAUAUGAGUCUGAUGAAGAGGACCCAGAGCUGGCGAGGAAACGAAAAGAACUUCUAGAGAUACAAGAGCAGAUCUUGCUCAAAAGAGCUUCCCUAGCUCUAAAAACUAUAGAUUUUGAAACUAUUAAUCCAGGACUUUGCACUGAAGAAGCAAGACCAACAAAAUUAAAUGAAACACUACAAAAUAGAGUUAAACUUAUUCUAAUGCAACGGAAUCGUGUGAUCAAAUCCAAGAGUCCAGUGGCAAAAACUAGAAGAAGCCCCAUCAAUAUUGAACAUGAUCAUCCUCUUAAGCAGAGAGUUAAAGUGGCUUUGGAGCAGAGAUUUGUUGUGGAUCCUCCCGUGGAGGCACAACACUUCGAGGAGAUGGCAUUUCUCAUCGCUCCACCUUGUCCCCAAAUCGAGUUCUCGCCUGCAGAGGAAGACGAAAAGGGCAACCAGGGCUUCAUGCGCUUUGUAAAUAUUCUCAACAAAGGAGUGGACAUCGAUAAACUCAAGGAAAUGGUUAUUGACGAAACAGACAGCACACUACAGCAACCACACAAGAGUCCAAAUGGGAGAGAAAUGCCUGGUGAAAUGAGCACUUUUAGCUCUCCUCCAGAAAAAGAGAGGCAGCAGAAAGAAGAACAACCGCUACCAAAUCCAGAUGAACAGCAGAAGCACCUCCAGAACAUUUUGGAGUCUCUUGGUUUAAGUUUAGGCACAGAUGAGAUUAGCCAACUCGCUGAUCGCACACAGGAACGGUUGUAUGGAAAAAGGCAGAGGACAGAGGAAGAAGAGAAAAAAGAGGAUGAGCCUCAACAGAAAGAUGAACCUCAACAGAAAGGAGAUGACGACAAAGAAGAAAAAGAAGAAGAAGACGAAGAGGAGAAAUACUCACCAGCACAUUAUACUAGAUCCUCCUCCCACAGCUCUACUUCAAGUUCAUCGUCACUUCGAACAGCACCCAGAAAACAAAGCCCUAUAAGGAGGAGUAGAAGUCGUAGUUCUUCUCGUAGACGGAGAAGAUCGGUCUCCCCUUAUAGACACAGGAGUCCACACUUGCCACAUAGGUACAGAAGACUUCCUGGCUCCCCUCAUCGCCGUAGAAGAUCCAGAUCUCCGUACAGACGAAGAAAUUCAGGAAGACGAGAUUCACAUUCACCACAUAGAUGCCGAAGUCCCCACCCAAGGGACCACAGGGAUCCGCUCCUCCGAUUUCAAGCUCCAAAGCAGCCUCACCCAUAUCCACCGUCCCAAUAUUUCAGCCCUCAUUUUUCACCCCAAAUUUAUCCCGAUCCUUAUUCACAGUACGCAGCCUACUAUAACUACUGGGCAUACAACCACCCUCUAUCAAUUGGGCAAAAUAUCCAAAACUAUCCACGAAGUAUUCCACUUUUCCUUCCACAUCAACAACUUGAACCACACAAUAGAAACUGCCUACUUGGACCCCCUUAUGAAGAAAGUGAAUCCAAUAGCGGUGAAUCAGUUUCAGAAAAGGACGACUUGCCAAAUACCUCAAACAAUGUCAAACGAACAACUCACUGUCAAGUUACCAUAAAGGAAAUGUGUUUAUCCCAAUGUCAUAAGUCUAUGUUUGAGUACCAGAAUACAAUGCCAGCUCAGCAAAUGAACGCUAGGAGAAGAAAACGUACCAAAAAUUCAAGUAGUGUUAAGGCUGCUAUUAGAAAAACAAUUUGGACGACUCCAGUCCAGCCAGUACCUAGACGGACAAGGAAAUUAGUUUUUAUUGAAAGUAAUGAGCAGAUGGAGAAGUUGCUCAAUGAAGGAGAGAUUGAACCUAAAAAAGAAGACGAGGAAGAAGAAGAGAAAUCAGUGCUCACAGAGGAGGAGAUCAAAGCCAACCUAAAGUUAAAGCUUGAAGCCUUUAACAGCAGAAUGAAGAAAAAUCCCACACAACCAGCACAGCCUUUGAUGCCACAAAAUAUGAAAGUGGAGGAUGAAAUUUGAGCUUUGAGAACAUUUGUUUUACUGUUUUGUCUAGUGUAAUAGCUGACUAUUACACUUCUUGUUUGUAUAAAAUAUUGUUUUCUUGUAAAAAAAUUUUUAUUCUUAAAUAUAUUUAUGUAAAUAAUAUUAAAAGUUCUU